GAGAUUCCACAGCAUUUGUUGGAAGCUCUUUCUUUGUGUUCUUCCUCAAGAUAAAAGUCAAUGGAUCAAUAGAAUUAAAGAACUAAGAUCCUGGCAUAGCAAUAUUAAAGAAAUACAUAUCACAAUCCAAGGAAAGUUGUUGACCAACAGGAUCUGAUGAUCAACAAUCCCCUCUCACAAGAUGAAGGAAGUCUUUGGAACAAGUUCUUUCAAGAUAAAGAACUGCAGUCCAUGAUUGAGCAAGAUGUCAAAAGAACAUUUCCUGAAAUGCAGUUUUUCCAACAAGAAAAUGUGAGAAAAAUUCUUACAGAUGUUCUGUUCUGUUAUGCUAGAGAAAGCGAGCAGUUGCUUUGUAAACAGGACAUGCAUGAGCCUAUCAUCUUCACCCUUCACUGUGACCACCAAGCUUUUCUACACACCAGUGAGUCUGUACAGCCCAGUGAGGAAAUGAAAACCCUCUUGAACCCUGAGUAUCUGGAGCGUGAUGCCCAUGCAAUGUUCUCACAGCUUAUGGAAAUUUCUGAACCUUGGUUUUCUACUCUUGAGCACUAUGUUCAAAAGGGAAAAGAAACUCUGAUGACCCCCAUUCCCUUUGCUCGACCACAGGAUUUAGGGCCAACAGUUGCCAUUGUUACAAAAGUCAACCAGAUCCAGGAUCAUCUACUGAAGAAGCAUGAUACUGACCUCUAAUGCACUUGAACAGACUAUAAAUGGCACCACAAAUAUAUGGGUUGUAAGUUUUAAGUUUCUGUUUUAGCCAUUCUUAAUUAUGAUUUUCUGGUAGUUUCUGAAUAGGUUCGUUCUGUUAAAGUUUGUUCUAGUUCCAUGCUAUUUAUUGUCAGGUUUACUACAUUAACAUACGGUCUCAUUCAAUACUUUAUCAGUCUUCUGAAGUCACUGUUACUCCUUUGUUCUAGUUUAGGAAGCUAAUCCUUUUAAAGUAGCUUUAUAACUUUUAAAAUUAUGUUAUAAAUUACUGCCAUGAGUCCUGUCAGAUUGGUUAUGUAGUUUUCAGGGUUUCUUUUGAAAAAAA